AUGUCAGAAUUCAAACCUUAUUUAAGCGGCUUGAAUCAACCUGGAAUUAGAUCAGUCCCGGAUGAUUGGACAUUUGAAAUUGCUAGUCAGAGUGGCGGAGAUGAGCUUAGGGAGGCUCGUACUAUGCUCGAAAGUUUACCAAAAAAACUCAAAGUAUUGAUUCUAUAUGGUAGUCUUCGUCAGAGAUCGUAUUCAAAACUCUUGUCAUUUGAAUUUGCUAGAUUACUUGAGCACCUAGGUGCAGAUAUUAGGAUUUAUAAUCCCUCAGGCUUACCUUUGAAAGAUGAUUCGACUGAAAAUCAUCCGAAGGUCCAGGAGCUCCGUCAACUUAUCUCCUGGAGUGACUCUAAUUUUUGGGUCUCCCCUGAACAGCACGGUCAGAUUACAGGUGUAAUGAAAACACAAAUAGAUCACGUUCCGUUAUCACUUGGUUCAGUUCGUCCUACACAGGGCAAGAUUCUUGCUGUUGCUCAAGUAAAUGGCGGUUCACAAUCAUUCAAUGCAGUCAAUACACUAAGACUGCUAGGUAGAUGGAUGAGAAUGCAUACAAUUGCGAAUCAAAGUUCUUUACCGAAAGCUUGGACUGCUUUCAGUCCAGAAGGUCGUUUUCUUCCGUCAAGUAAUCGUGAUAGACUUGUUGAUGUCUGUGAAGAAUUCGUCAAAGUCAGUUGUUUGUUCUACGACAAAAAUGAACUCUUUGCUAGUAGAUGGAGUGAACGCAAGGAAAAGGAGAUUAAGGGCCGUCUGCUCUCUCAAGAGGAGAAAGAGAAAGAGAACAUAAAAAAUCUUAAAACAAAAGACUGA